CAAAAUAAGUAGACAACAUUUCAGUCUCACAGGAAGGCAGAUUGGAGAAGAAGAAAAACCAAAAGAAUGAUGUCUGGGGCUCCAUCUAAUUGUUUCCAAACUAUGUUACAACAGCAACAACACCAUCUAGGGUUACAAAUCUAUGAAGAUCCUCAUCAGGUUUCUUCAUUUUCACUCGAACCAAACUCCUCGUCAUCAUCGGUUCCUGACAAUCACUCAACCUCUCUCCUCUGCAACUUCUCAGUCCUAAAAGAAAAGGUUCAUCAAGCCAAAUCACUAGUCAGCAUCCUCAUCUCUCCAAAUCAUCAUCAAAGUCAACCCCAAGAGUCAGCCACCAUCGCCCUAGCAAGCAUGAGCAAUAUCAUACAAGAAAUCAUCGUCACGGCUUCUUCUAUGAUGUUCACAUGUCAACAGAUGGCCCUUGUUUCCACUACUACUCCAGGUAACAACAUCAACAACACUAAUACUAGCACCACUACUACUGGUCAAUGUCUUAGUAAUCCUUCUGAUCAUCGUGAGCAUAAUCGCUUAUCGGAAACAAACUUUGGUGGCGGUCAUGGUAAUAAAAUUGAUCAAUCUGGUUUCUAUUCUACUCGUGAACAAACUCUCGAUUGGUUUAACGACAGCUACAAUGAUUGUACCACGGCAGAUACGAGUACUAGGAUUGUCAAUCAAAUUGGCAACAAUGAUAAGCAUGUGCAAGGCAAGGAAUUGCCUGUUUCUUCGAACUACGACAUUAUUGAGCUAGAUGCUUCGGAUUUGUUGGCUAAGUACACCCAUUACUGCCAGGUUUGUGGCAAAGGGUUCAAGCGCGACGCAAAUUUGAGAAUGCACAUGAGGGCUCAUGGAGAUGAGUACAAGACGAUCGUUGCUCUAAGCAACCCCAUGAAGAAAACUAACAACAAUAAUGAUAGUGCAGGAGGCAUAGAUGGAAACAUGGCAUGUUCGACGAAAUUGCCAAGAAAGUAUUCGUGUCCGCAAGAAGGGUGUAGGUGGAACCAAAAGCAUGCGAAAUUCCAGCCUUUGAAAUCGAUGAUUUGUGUGAAGAAUCACUACAAGAGGAGCCAUUGUCCCAAGAUGUAUGUGUGCAAGAGGUGCAACAGGAAGCAGUUCUCGGUGUUAUCUGAUCUACGCACCCAUGAGAAGCACUGCGGCGAUCUGAGAUGGCAGUGUUCAUGUGGGACAACAUUUUCAAGGAAAGAUAAGCUGAUGGGGCACGUCGCGUUAUUCACCGGGCAUACGCCGGUUAUGAUCACUUCUUUGACAAGGAUUGGGAAGGUUGAUCAGCAAAGCCAUGGAUCACAGAUGUAAAUGGGAUGAAUAUUGAAUGGUAAAGGAUAUAAUGGUUUUAUUUGUGUUUGAUAUGUACAUCCUUUAUCUUAUGUGUCAACAAAAAGGUUAAGUUAAGAAUAAUUAGCAGCUUGG